AUGUCUCAGGCCUCCACACACAGCAACACAGCCGAGGGGGCGGUGCAAAGUGGGGGCUGCCAAGUGUGCGGCGCAUACGAAGCGGUUAGGACGGCAACCGUUCGCAAGUGGAGUACCGAGUGUACCGAAAUGCAAAGGCAAGAGUUAGGCUUCCAGGUAAUUUGGAUCCUUUGUAACGAGGAGAAGGCAUGGUUGCUGUGGCCACGCAAGAAAAAUAAGGUGUUAUGA